AUGUCGUUUAUCAAGCCUAUACAAUGGCUAUAUACGGAGUUUGGCCUGGACUCCGUGUACCAGACGGGGCCUGAUACCUGGUUCGUGAUACUGGCAAGGACAUGCCGGAUGUUUGCAUUUGGGGCUAUCUCUUUGAUCCUCGCCCUGUUCAUGUCGUCCCUACACUUCUCAGACCUUUGGAUUGGUUUCUUUAUGACGGCAACGCUGGUCGGGGAUGUUGUCCUCUCACUCCUUACAACUCUGGUGGCUGACCGUGUUGGGCGUCGACGGAUUCUCUUCCUCGGAGGCGCCCUGAUGGUGUUGUCUGGCACAGUAUUCGUCUUCUUUGAGAACUACUGGAUCCUGCUUCUAGGAGCUGUCGUCGGUGUCAUCAGUGCUACAGGUGGUGAUUUUGGUCCCUUCCGCUCCGUUGAAGAGUCCACGAUAUCCCAUCUCACGACACCCUCUUCUCGAACUGAUGUCCUGUCGUGGUAUGUGACAACGUCGACGCUGGGUUCGGCCCUGGGGAACGAAGUCGCUGGCCGUAUGGCCGGUAUGCUGAAGAAGCUGCAGGGCAAAAAGGGUAACAUCACAGAUGCCUACCAUGCGAUGUUUUGGAUAUAUGUCGCUAUGGGAACCUUGUCGGACGUUGAUGAGACAGAACCGCUUCUUGUGGCACCAGGGGAGAAUAUCAACAAUCAGAAUGAGAGCAGCUGCCAGCAGCCUUCACAGGACAACCAACAGCAGUCUGGAAGCUCGUCUGAGUCCCGAUACUGGUUCAGCAGACUAUGGCACAGCAGCAAGUUUACAAAGAUCUCGUCUGAAUCGCUUUCCGUGGUCAUCAAGCUAUGGAUUCUCUUGACCAUCGACUCUUUGGCCGAUGGGAUGGUCUCAUACGCGCUGACCAACUACUACCUUGUGCGUAAAUUCGGCCUCGCCGAGUCAUAUCUGGGAGACAUCAUGUCAAUCUGCUUCCUGCUCAUGGCACUUUCCACUGUGUUUGCUGGCCCUCUUGCUCGCCGCCUGGGUCUUAUAAACACCAUGGUCUUCACGCAUCUACCAUCAUCCCUUGCCGUGUUGCUGUUUCCUAUACCACAAAGCGUGGGUCUGACCAUAGUGCUACUCUUCAUACGCACUGCUCUAAACAGUAUGGACCAAGGGCCCAGGGCCGCAUUCAUUGCGGCCGUUGUGAAGCCGGGCGAGCGUACUGCUGUGAUGGGUAUCACAGCCAUGCUACGGACGCUAGGGUCGACUAUAGGACCGAGCCUCACAGGUUUCCUUGCAGAUACUGACAAAUUUUGGAUUGCAUUCAUCAUCGCUGGAGCGCUACGUGUUGCCUACGACUUGGGGCUAUUCUUCUUAUUUGUGGGCCUAAGGGUGCAUGCUCACGAGCAGAGUGAGGAUUCGGUGGCACAUGAUGAAGCCAGUUGUGAGCAAGCUGGUAGCCGAGGCGGGGGGACCUUCCCGUCUGAGAUACGAUAG